AUGGAUUCGCGUGUCUUCCGUCACUCGUUUCCGAUGACGUCACUUCCCGAUGAUAUCAUCGUGGACAUCAUAGCGCGUGUACCAAGAACAUGUUACCCAACAAUCUCUCUCAUUUCCAGACGUUUCCGAUCAAUCAUAGCGUCCCCUGAAUUAUACACAAGACGAUCCUUGUUACGUUGCACCGAACACUGUCUCUAUGCACUCAUCUAUAACCCUAAAAACGGUCAUUACCAUUGGUACAUUCUCCGUCGCCGUAAAGGCUUUAUCCUUAUCCCUUCUCUUCCUAUUAUGCAUACCCAUGGAAACUCUGUUGCUUUAGGUUCGAAGAUUUACGUUUAUAGUAAUCGUGUGACUUCCAGUGUGUUAACCAUCGACUGUACUUCUAAUACAGUGCAGCCUUCCUUCAACAUUCCUAAGGCUAUGGGUGAGACUGUCGCAGUUUGUCAUAUCGUAGAAAUCGUGGUCCUAUAUGAUUUGUCGAAGCGGGUUAUGGUUUUGAAUACUGAGAAACAAAUGUGGGAGACAGCUGAGAUGACGAAGCCGCCGGGUUUGAAGACUGGUCACCUGUGGUCUGGUUGUGUGGUGAUGGAGGGUAAGAUUUACAUGAGGGAUUUAGAUAAUAGUUUUGUUUAUGUGCCAAAGGAGAAGAAAUGGGAAAUGGAGGAGAUGUUGAAUUCUCAUAAGUGGAAAUAUGCAUGUGUUCUUGAUGAUGUAUUGUAUUACUACGAUUGUCUCGAGAACAGAUUAAGAGCGUAUGAUACAAAGCACAAGUUUUGGGUAGUGGUGAAAGGUGGGGAAAGAUUGUUGUCUGAGACGAGUUGGCUGAGACUGCCGACCAUUUCAAGGUGGGCAUAUACUAUGAGUUGCGGUGAGAAACUAGUUGUGUUCUUUCCUAAACUAGACAUAUACUCAACCAAGAUUUGGUGUGCGGAGAUCGCACUUGAAAGACGCCAAGGAGGAGAGAUUUGGGGUAAAUUUGAGUGGUGUGGUGCUGUUCUGGAUAGUGAUUGUUGA